AUGUCCUGGGAUAUUGCAACAGCUAGUGAUGAAUGGCUCAUCGAUCUUUGCCACAAGGCAAAUGAGGAGGGGGGUCAUAUCGGGGGACCGACGGGUGGGGAUCAAGCCGUCAAGCUUUCUGACCACAUUGCGGCCAAGUUUGGCUUAGGUGUCUGCGCCCCUGAAGCAGCCAUGCAGGAGUUUGCCUAUAACAAUGUCGAUCGCAAUAUCGUCCGCGUUCCAAAAGUCUACCGCUAUUUGGAAUCUAAGCAACGAGAUCCUCAUGGAUACCUUUUCAUGGAGUAUAUACCAGGACAAAACUUACUAGACGUUGACCUCGAAGAAAGGAAGGACAUUUUACCCCGGAUCGCAAACAUCAUUAUGCACCUGGGACAAAUCAAAGGUUUGACUCCUGGCCCGAUUACCGGCGCGCAACCGGUUGGUUAUAUAUAUGGGGAUUACGGCGCUAGAACGACCUUUAAGUCUAUGGAAGACAUGAAUGUGUAUAUGAAUAGUCGUCUGCAGCCUCUAAAUUCGAGCACACCCUCUUGUGCUCUGUCAUGGCGACAUCUGCCGAAGAAAUAUCAUUCUUGA